CUGAUAAUCAUGGAGCCAUAUUUUGCUGGUUUUAAGCACGUGCAGCAGGAUUAUGAAGUCACUCUUGAACUCGCAAGUGAUGGGACUCACAAAACCAGGAAUGCACAAAAUUCUAGGACAGGGUCUUAUGGUGUCAGUAUUAGAGUCCAAGGAAUUGAUGGACAUCCUUACAUAGUACUAAACAAUACAGAAGGAUCUUUUUCAGAAAAUCCCCCUCCUUCUGGAAAAGAACAGCAGGUCAUUUCUCAGACUGUAAGCAAGCCAGCCACGGACUCCAGUACUGCUUUUAAGUUGGAGGACAAAAACAGUGAACACACAAAUUUUCCUGAAGCACAGCACAUGCAACCCUGUAUGCUUAAAAGCCUAAAGAUAACUAAUCUGGAUGAAAAGGAAAAUGGAAAAUCAGAUUUUAAAGAUGGAACAACAAAAUCCCCCAAUUUGUUGAACUUUCAGAGACAUCCUGAACUUUUACAGCCUUAUGAUCCUGCAAAAAAUAACUUGGAGAAUUGCCAACCUUCUGUGUGCAAUAAAUCUAAAUCUUUUGCAGAUGAAGAUAAAACCGAAGUAAAGCCUUGGAUUUCCUCAUCUAAAGUAGCGUCCCUACAGAAAACAAAUACAUAUCUUGCAGAGCCAACCAAAGGAAAUUCAAAGAAGAUACAUUUGAACAGAUCAGUAGAAGACCAAAAUAAGCAGCUGUUGGAUUGUCCCAGUAGCAUGAUCAGCCCUAAUGAAGUGCGUGUUUCAGAAUCAUUUUUGUCUUCUGGAGGAUCCUCAUGUGUUAGCUCCACUGCUUAUCCAGAGACAAGAAAACCUAGACCAGAUGUUCUUCCCUUCCGCAGACAAGAUUCAGCUGGGCCAGUGUUGGAUGACUCACGAAGAUCAUCAUCCUCGUCAGCUACUCCCACUUCUGCAAAUUCCUUGUACAGAUUUUUACUUGAUGACCAAGAGUAUGCCAUCUAUGCAGACAAUGUUAAUCGGCAUGAAAACAGAAGAUAUAUCCCAUUUUUGCCUGGAACGGGCCGUGAUAUUGACACUGGUUCACUUCCAGGAGUAGAUCAGCUAAUUGAGAAAUUUGAUAAGAGAGUUGAUCCUCACAGAAGAGGUAGGUCAGGAAAAAGGAAUAGAAUUCAUCCAGAUGAUCGUAAGAGAUCAAGAAGUGUUGAUAGUGCCUUGUCGUUAGGGCUUGAUGUAAAUUCAGAUUAUUUAGGUGAAUUCAGUAGAAGCUUGGGUAAGUCAACUGAGCACUUGCUGAGACCAUCUGAAGUUUGCCUUCACAAGCAGUUAUCCAGAAAUCAAAAGUCACCUUCCAAAGAGAUGAAGAUUUCUGCUCGAAGUAUUGGAAAACUGCAAAUGCCUGAUAAAGACACUCAGAACAGCAAUUUCAAUUCUUUGCAAUACCAUAAACAAAAUGGAGCUGAUACUGAGAGCUUGAUGUUGAGGUCAUCUACACUCCCGGGACAGAAUAAGAGAGAGGAGGUUAGAACAGUAACUUCUACUUUGUUGUUGCCAAACCGAAUGACAAUUCCAGCUAGUUCAGGAGCCAAGAAGAUUUCUGUAAAAACGUUUUCAUCCAUCCCUAAUACACAGGCAACUCCUGAUCUCUUAAAAGGGCAGCAAGAUCUUGCACAGCAAACAAAUGAGGAGACUGCUAAGCAGAUACUUUACAAUUACCUUAAGGAAGGAAGUGCUGAUAAUGAUGAUGUGACAAAGAGGAAAGUCAACUUAGUUUUUGAGAAAAUUCAGACUUUAAAGUCAAGAGCUGCUGGAAAGACACAGGUUUCGGAUUCUUCAGCUGAAGUAAAAGCAUUGGUGGAACAAAAAGCAGAACUUGAAAGGAAAGUGGAAGAAUUAGAGAAAAAACUGGAUCUAGAAAUUAGGAAUCAGCAAAAUUCCAAGGAAGAGAGAGAAGCAACACAAGCAAGCCUGAAAGAUCUUCAGAUGCAACUUGAUGAAAGUAUACGUGAAAAAGAAGCCUUAAAAAAGGAGCUGGAAGAAAGCGAGAAGGAACUCAGGCAAAACUUAGAGGAGCUUUUUGAAGUGAAGAUGGAGCAGGAGCGACACCAGAGUGAGAUCAGAGAUCUUCAAGACCAGCUCUCUGAGAUGCAUGAUGAACUGGAUAACGCAAAACAUACUGAUGAAGGCGAGAAAGAGGUUCUGAUUGAGGAGCUGAUGCAAAUGAAGCAGGAUCUGCAAGAAGUAUUACUAGCAAAAGAUCAACAAGAAGAAAUUUUGAGAAAGAGAGAGAGAGAGCUUACAGCCUUGAAAGGAGCACUAAAAGAGGAAGUAUCUAGCCAUGACAUGGAGAUGGAUAAACUUAAAGAGCAACACGAUAAAGAAUUGCUCAAUCUACAGCAGAGCCUGGAGAAAGCAACAGAGAGUGCUGCUCUCCUCACCAGUGAAAGAAACGCUGCACAAGAGGUGCGAAACAGUAUAGAAAACCAAGUCAAAGAGCUGACUGAGGAAAAUGAACAGUUGAAGAGAAAAGUUGAUGAGCUAGAGAGUAAAACUGAAGAGUUGCACAAACAAAUUGGUGAUAUGAAAGGAAAAGAAAAUUCUGUGAAGGAAAAAAUAAAGAGAUAUGAGGAAGAGAAGGACCAAUUAGAAGAAGCUUUGAAGCAUGCUGAAAAGGAGGCAAAAGAACUGCUAGUGUCAAAAAGGUCUUUGGAAAGCCAAGUAGAAGUUAUGCAGGAGAACAUCCGUUGUAUUUCGCAGGAACGACAACAGUUAACUCAGCAGUUAAAAGAUGAAACUCACCAGAAGGAACAAUUAAAGCAGAUAAAGAAUGAAAUGGAGAACGAACGAUGGCAACUGAACAAGACUGUUGAAAAGUUACAGGAGGAGAUGUCUGAAAUGGUAGAGGUCUCAAGAACAUCAACUCUGGAGCUUCAGAACCAGCUUGAUGAAUACAAGGAGAAAAAUCGCAGGGAACUUGCAGAUGUGCAGAGACAAUUAAAAGAGAAAAACCUUGAGGUAGAAAAAUCACGCCUGACAACCAUGAGAAUGCAAGAUGAG